GGCGGCGGAAGGGGCGCCGCUCCCUGGCGGCGGCGGGGGGCAGCUCUAUCCGGGCCUUUGGCGCUCUCCCUUCCUUUCGCGCCGGCGGCCGCUGCGAGGCGGCGGGUCCAUGUGCGUACGGCGCGGCGCGGCCCCGGCCCCUGCCCUCCGCCUCCUCCUCUUCCCCCCGCCGCCGCCGCCAUGGACCCCAACACCAUCAUCGAGGCCCUGCGGGGUACCAUGGAUCCGGCGUUGCGGGAAGCCGCCGAGAGGCAGCUUAACGAGGCUCAUAAGUCAGUGAACUUUGUUUCAACUCUGCUUCAGAUCACUAUGUCCGAGCAACUGGAUUUACCAGUGAGACAGGCAGGAGUUAUCUACUUGAAAAAUAUGAUAACCCAGUAUUGGCCAGAUCGUGAAGCUGCACCAGGAGAGAUUCCACCUUACUCCAUCCCAGAAGAAGACAGACACUGUAUUCGUGAAAAUAUUGUAGAAGCCAUUAUUCACUCUCCUGAGCUCAUUAGGGUACAGCUUACUACUUGCAUUCACCAUAUUAUUAAGCAUGAUUAUCCUAGUCGCUGGACUGCAGUUGUGGAGAAAAUUGGAUUUUAUCUUCAGUCUGACAACAGUGCUUGUUGGCUUGGAAUUCUUCUUUGUCUUUAUCAACUUGUGAAAAACUAUGAGUACAAGAAACCAGAGGAGCGGAGUCCUUUGAUAGCUGCAAUGCAGCAUUUUCUACCAGUUCUGAAGGAUAGUUUCAUUCAGCUCUUGAGUGAUCCAUCUGAUCAGUCUGUCCUCAUCCAGAAACAGAUCUUCAAAAUAUUUUAUGCCCUUGUCCAGUAUACGUUACCUUUGGAGUUGAUAAAUCAGCAAAACUUGACUGAAUGGAUAGAAAUCCUGAAGACUGUUGUCGAUAGGGAUGUACCAGCUGAAACCCUUCAAGUUGAUGAAGAUGAUAGACCUGAGUUGCCUUGGUGGAAAUGCAAGAAGUGGGCUUUGCAUAUCUUAGCUAGGCUUUUUGAGAGGUAUGGAAGCCCUGGUAAUGUUUCAAAGGAGUACAAUGAGUUUGCUGAAGUGUUCCUGAAGGCGUUCGCUGUUGGUGUUCAGCAAGUGUUGCUGAAGGUGUUGUAUCAAUACAAAGAAAAGCAGUACAUGGCUCCUAGAGUUCUGCAGCAAACACUGAAUUACAUCAAUCAAGGAGUGUCACACGCAGUCACCUGGAAGAACCUGAAGCCUCAUAUUCAAGGAAUUAUCCAAGAUGUUAUUUUUCCAUUGAUGUGCUAUACAGAUGCUGAUGAAGAGCUUUGGCAAGAAGAUCCAUAUGAAUAUAUUCGCAUGAAAUUUGAUGUAUUUGAAGACUUCAUUUCUCCAACAACUGCUGCUCAGACGUUAUUGUUUACAUCAUGUAGUAAAAGAAAAGAGGUCUUGCAGAAGACAAUGGGCUUUUGCUAUCAGAUCCUUACGGAGCCAAAUGCUGACCCUCGUAAGAAAGAUGGUGCUUUACAUAUGAUCGGGUCUUUGGCUGAAAUUCUCCUAAAAAAAAAGAUUUAUAAAGAUCAGAUGGAAUAUAUGCUGCAGAAUCAUGUGUUCCCUCUCUUCAGCAGUGAGCUGGGUUACAUGAGGGCACGGGCUUGUUGGGUUCUUCAUUAUUUUUGUGAAGUCAAAUUUAAGAGUGACCAGAAUCUCCAGACAGCCUUAGAACUCACAAGACGGUGUCUGAUAGAUGAUAGGGAAAUGCCUGUAAAAGUGGAAGCUGCAAUAGCACUUCAAGUUCUGAUCAGUAAUCAAGAGAAAGCUAAAGAAUAUAUUACUCCAUUCAUUAGACCUGUCAUGCAAGCUUUACUUCAUAUUAUAAGAGAAACUGAAAAUGAUGAUCUUACUAAUGUGAUUCAGAAGAUGAUCUGUGAAUAUAGUGAAGAAGUUACCCCAAUUGCAGUAGAAAUGACACAGCAUUUGGCAAUGACAUUUAACCAGGUGAUCCAGACUGGCCCAGAUGAAGAGGGCAGUGAUGACAAAGCAGUGACAGCAAUGGGAAUCUUGAAUACUAUUGAUACACUUCUCAGUGUAGUUGAAGAUCACAAGGAAAUUACCCAGCAGCUGGAAGGGAUCUGUUUACAAGUUAUUGGAACAGUUUUGCAGCAGCAUGUAUUAGAGUUCUAUGAGGAGAUCUUUUCCUUGGCUCAUAGUCUGACCUGUCAACAAGUUUCUGCACAAAUGUGGCAGCUUCUUCCUCUUGUAUUUGAAGUCUUUCAGCAGGAUGGCUUUGACUAUUUUACUGACAUGAUGCCUCUCUUGCAUAAUUAUGUUACUGUUGAUACAGAUACGCUUCUGUCAGACACAAAAUAUCUUGAAAUGAUCUACAGUAUGUGCAAGAAGGUCCUUACAGGAGUUGCCGGAGAAGAUGCAGAAUGUCAUGCAGCAAAGUUGUUAGAAGUAAUUAUUCUUCAGUGUAAAGGGCGUGGCAUUGAUCAGUGCAUACCCUUAUUUGUGGAAGCUGCAUUAGAGAGAUUAACCAGAGAAGUGAAAACAAGUGAACUGCGAACAAUGUGCCUCCAGGUUGCCAUAGCUGCUUUGUAUUACAAUCCUCAUUUACUAUUAAAUACAUUGGAAAAUCUUCGUUUUCCCAAUAAUGUGGAGCCUGUCACUAAUCACUUCAUAACACAGUGGCUUAAUGAUGUGGACUGUUUCUUGGGACUUCAUGAUAGAAAGAUGUGUGUGCUUGGCUUGUGUGCUCUCAUUGAUCUGGAGCAAAUACCACAGGUUUUAAAUCAAGUUGCAGGCCAGAUCCUGCCAGCUUUUAUCCUUUUAUUUAAUGGAUUGAAAAGAGCAUAUGCCUGUCAUGCAGAGCAUGAAAAUGACAGUGAUGAUGAUGAUGAAGCUGAAGAAGAUGAGGAAACAGAGGAAUUGGGGAGUGAUGAAGAUGACAUUGAUGAAGAUGGUCAAGAAUAUCUAGAAAUCCUAGCAAAACAGGCAGGUGAAGAUGGAGAUGAUGAAGAUUGGGAAGAAGAUGAUGCUGAAGAGACUGCUUUGGAAGGGUAUUCCACAAUUAUUGAUGAUGAAGACAACCCUAUUGAUGAAUAUCAGAUAUUUAAAACAAUUUUUCAGACAAUUCAGAAUCGUAACCCUGUGUGGUACCAAGCUUUGACACAGGGUCUUAAUGAAGAACAAAGAAAACAAUUGCAGGACAUAGCAACUCUGGCAGAUCAGAGGCGGGCAGCACACGAAUCCAAAAUGAUUGAAAAGCAUGGAGGAUACAAAUUCAAUGCUCCAGUUGUGCCAACUUCAUUUAAUUUUGGAGGCCCUGCCCCAGGAAUGAAUUGAAUUAUCACUUUUCCUGCUACUGUGUGAUUGUAGUGAAGAGCUUGUGUUCCUCCCAAUAGUGGUUCCAGAACUGGUUCAUGUUAUCUACAACUCACUCUUAAACUAAUUGAUAAAUAGAUUGGACAAAAGCCCCAGAAGUGGGACCUGAUCAUGCAACCUAAUACUGGAAAGCAAACCAGAGGUUUUUUUGAAGAUAGGAAGAAUCUGAAUUUGAAGCUUCAAACGACACACUUUGGAAAUCAGAAAUCAAGAGGGGAUGUCAUGAAGGCAGCUUUUCUUUUUCUGAGGAAAAAAAUAAGCAUGGGCUGCAGGACUAUUUAAAAUGUCUCAUUUACAGUACAAGCUAGAAGGCAGACUUAAUUUUUACACCUGUGGCGGUAUGAGUAUUUGCCCAGUUUAUUUCCCUUUUCUCCCUUCCUAUUGGGUGUCUAUUCUUUUAAUGUAAAUAAGAUAAGGUAAUCAGAUAGCCUUACUUAAUCUUCAUCAUUUCCAUUUAUCAAGAUUGUUCAUAUGUAGAAUAUUGGACACUUAAUGUAGCACUACAUAACUGAUAAAUCUGUAAAUGAAUUAGCACUUUCAUAUUGAAACAAGCCUGCUAGCCUAUGUACAAAAAUAGCAAAAUGUUUGCUGUUUAUAAAAAAUUAAAAUAAAUAAGGGAUGUAUUGGGGAAAAUAAUUUCAAGUUAUUAAUUUAAAAUGAACUAGCAGUUUUGUACCUGGUGACUUUGUGGUGCAGUCACCUCUGGUUGUGACUUGAAUUCGGUUAUGUAAAAAAGGGGUUAGUGAUACUUCAUUGCUGCUAAAAAAAAAAUAGCAACACCCUCCGUGUCCUUUGUUUUUCUUAAAGGUCUCACUGUACGAGGUGAAAUUUGUAUACAAAUGUGUACUGUAAGCACUGAGGAAAAAGUUACCUUCUCUAAAGCAGGUAAAUAAGAUGUGAAGUUCUGCUCUUAAAAGUCAAUUAAAGUGUGUGGAUGAAACAUCUAUAUAUGCAAUCUAUUAAAACCACAACAAUUUAAUUUGGCUAAUGUGGGCUAUGAUCUAUGAAUGCAGUUGUUGCCCCUGAUUUUGCAAAAUAUUCUUUCCAGCACGUGGUAGUGCAGGUGCACUACUCUUGCAUUUCAUCGCCCCUCUUUUUGCACUCCCGGAAUUAGUGCGUGCUGUUGUCUGCCUGAUCCAGACAGUGUAUUUGAAGUUUUGCCAAUCUUUCAUUUUUGAAGCCACAAUUUUCUUCCUUCAAAGUUGCUAUAGUAACUAGUAUUUUAGCUAGAGAGGCAGAAUACAGUUCCCUCUGGGACCACUAUCAAAACCACUGUAUGAAGAAGCCAGCAGGGAGAUGCUGUGAAUGGGUUGGCUUAAAUGCCCCCUUUUUCUUUUCUAAAAGCAAAAAUCGAUAGGUUUUUGAUCUUGCCUUGAGAUCAUUGAUGUCAGGUCUUUUAAAUCAAAUGUUUGGGGUUUUUUUUUCUUUUGGCUGUUUUUAUAUAAAAAUGUCACCUGCUGUUACAAUUGAUAUUAAACAAGCUACCUUAAUUUAAUGUAAGCCUCCAAAAUUUAAAUACAGGUUAAAAAUAAACUGAGUUUAUAUCUGUAAAAAUGAAAUGCACAUAUAUAUAUUAUGAUACUCAAAAUGCAGUCUUCAGAAAAUUGGUUCGUGUGGUGUGUUUUUUUGCAUCAGCAGAGUAGCAGGAAUUCGUGGUUUGGGGUUUCCUUGGCAAGCUGAGCAGCACCAUGCUCUGCCUUCCAUUUGUUGCACAACCGCUAGCGCUUCUCUGGGCAGCUCUAAUGGGUUUUUCCAGUCACUCCUCUCUGGUCUGCCUUUCUUCGGCAAACACAGUUCCCUGCGCACAGAGUGCUAAUGUGAGAGACUGAGCCAGGACUAUAAUGCCACGUUGCCCUAGCCGAAUACCAAAGGGAUACUUUAAAAGCAAAUUGUGGACUUAAACGGAUGGAUAUUGCACCUGGUGUGAAAAAGCCUAAAAAACUAAGCCUUGAAUCAGAGUAUCCGUUAUAGUAGUGGUAUGAGAACCACGGUAGUACUUGUGAAUCUUUAGCUGACUGGCCAAGUACACAUAGCAGAACUGUUUUUUUGUAAAUGUGUAACUCAUGAGCGCGUACAGGUGUACUCCGGCCUCAAGAUAAUAUCUAGUCAAGGUUUUAUUUUUGUAGAGAAAGGUGACAGAAGUAAUUACAGCAUGCCUUUUCCUGUGCAUUCCUUGACUUUGAAAAACGCCCAGUUUGACAUAAAUCAUUUCUGAACAUCUGCUUGUUGGGUAUCUGCUUAUCAAGUUAUGCAUCCCAAAAAAUGUAAGAGAACCUUCUAGGACAGAUGAGAGAGACGCUUUUGCCUCAAGGCAGAAGAUACAACAGAGCAGCAGUGAGAAGGCUCUAGAUACAAAGCAGAUGAAAAAAUGAGGGGGAAAUCACCAAUUUAGUGCCACUGUCAUUUCUGGAACAGUUAUAUUUUUCAAGUCACAAGUCAAGGGAAGAAUUUUAUCUUGGUGUGAGGAAUACAGUCUUACUUCAAGGGUGCUUUUAUGUGUCGCUAGACUGGUUAGCAAGGAGCAUCUUUUUUAAGAAUGGAUCUAGAACUUUGCUUUCCUUUGCUCCAAGAAAUGUAUUUAUAUAAAUUGCAAAACAAUUUUGCAUUGUUGUUGGUGGUGAUAGUGCAUUUUGUGAUGCAAUAUAUCAAUUUCAGUGAUACACUUAUGUCAAAUUUAAAAUUAAUCUUCCUUCUAGAACUUGCACUUAUCCAUUCCAUUUUCAAGGAUAAUGCAACUCUAGAGGAAGAGCUGGGAAAUUUAAAGCCUCUGUUUUUUCUAUUAUGGAAGAUCUCCUUGGAUUAAUAAACAUCUAAAGCAAAUCCUUA